AUCAAACAAGGGAACAACAAUUGCACCACCAACGAGCAAUCCGUCUUGCCUCACACAAUGGCCGAGGCUUGCUGAUGUCUCGCUGCGAUGUACACCGGACGAUGAGAUGCCGACCUGACCAUGACAAGUCAUGCCAACGUGGGGCCUCAUCCACAGUCGAGUCGGCGCAUUGUCGUCGUCGACCUGAUACAAUCGGUCUGGUAUUCUGCUUUUCGGUAGCACCAUAUCUGGACGUCACACUCACGAGAGCUUGCCGUCGUCUCUGCGAGGCCAUCCCUUUUGUCCUCGGCAACACGUCACAAGUUGGCAAACAAGGCAGCGUGUCUAACAGAUUCGCACAACGAACCACUGCUCGUACCGCAUCCUCCUCGGCCCAGUCCCAUGUUUGAAGCGGCUCAUGCCACAAUGUGUGGCCUUUCGAUACUCAGUCCGUGGGACAGCAGACGAGUUGCUCAUCAUCGUGUGUGAGAGGUUCGUCCGGGCGAGUAUAAAGCGCAAGCUCUCCUCUUACCCUUCUGUUCCCUCGUCUUUCCUCUCUCGAAUCAACUUGCCGCGCGCACUCGUCUCUAAUCUAGAACUGAUUCAACAAUCUAAUAUCAUCAUCGCCAUCAUGAAGUUCGUGCUGCUGGUCCUCGCCACGACCGCCAUGGGCUUGGGCCUGACCCGGCCACAGGCCCAGACGCCGGCCGUCCCCGCACCACCUCCCGUGUCCGCCUCCGCGAACACUCCGACGGCCAAGUCUCAGCCCCCAGUCCCGGCGCAGACGGGAGGUCGCGAACCUACGGGACCCAUCUGCGAGUGUGGCUACACGUACUGCGCCUCUGUUCUCAUGGGCAUGAAGAAGCCCUGGAGCGAGCCGCAGCUGGCCGAGGCGUACUGCAGGACACCCGACGCGGCGUGCGCCAACGGCUCACCCGGCACCGACGUGCGGUCGGCGCUGUACCUGUGCCUCUGCGACGACGUCAACGCGCGGCAGGGCAACAAGCUGCACCUGCUCUGCGGCUGCGACAAGUGCCUCGUCGCGGGGCCCGACUACCGCGGGCGGUGCGACAAGCCGUGCCACGCGGGGAGCUGCAAGGGAAGAUGAGGGCUCAGCUCAGCCCGGGGUUUGUUUGGGUCGUCGGGUACUGGUGCUUGCUUGCUUGCUUGUGGUGGACGUGCGUAUGGUUGGCGGGCUCCAGUUUGCGUCUUUCGUUGUUUGUUUGCCGCGGGGUUCAUCGGGUGGUGCGCCCGAAGUACGAAGUAUAGUACGGAGUACGUAGUGGGUUGGUAAUGGAGGCAGAUGAAGGAUCCGCAUUCCGC